AUGUCACUAGCAAACUUUCCAUUCUCCACAACCACAUACUUAACACUACUUAUUGCCUACACUUUGGCUGUAUUAGUUUCGCCGACGGUGGAGUUCCGCGCUACGGUAAUGCACGUGGACCGCGGUAAAAACCUCAGCAAAAUUGAGCUUUUGCAGCUUGCUCUAGGCCGCGGCCGAAAGAGGCUGGAUUGGCUUCAAGCAACAACCUCGAAACGUACCGAAAAAAUCGAGUCAACCAUCAUCCCAUGUCCCGGCUAUCUAUACAGCGAGUACUUGGUAGAAUUAUCCAUCGGGACUCCACCUCAAACCUUCCGGGCCAUGAUGUCCACUGGCACCAACCUCACAUGGAUCCAAUGCACGUCGUGCAAGAAGAAGUGUCCCUCGAAGCCGACAAACUUCUUCAACCCGAAAAAUUCCAAGUCAUACAACGAAUUGGAAUGCCCGAGCAACGGACGGGCACACGACAAAUGCACGUACAACGUGAUGUACGCUGACGACGGCUGGUCCAUCGGGAAUCUUGCCACCGAGACCUUCCAGCUCGAGGAAGGCUUGGACCCGGUCCCUGAGCUCUUGUUCGGAUGCAGUCUCAACAACAGUGGGGACCUCUUCAGCAGCUCGGGGGUCCUGGCCCUGGGACCCACGAGCCACUCCUUUGUCAAGCAACUCGGCGUGACCGAAUUCUCCUACUGCAUGCCGCCGCCCGGCUUGAACGAGGAGGGUGUGCUCGAGAUGGGGCCCGGGGCUGGGGCCUGUGCCCGGGCGGACAUCCGCACCCCCACGACCCGACUCAUAGUGAACGGGUCCGACCCGUUCUAUUGGAUCCGGUUCGAGGGGGUCGCCGUGGGUGGGGCGGACCCGGUGCGGGUCGACAGGUCGGGGCCCGCGAUCAUCAACACGGGGACCACGUUGACGCUCCUCGAGAGGGGCGCGUUCGAGGACGUGAAACGGGAGUUCGCCCAGAAGAUUAAUCUCCAGCCGGCCAACGGGAGCAAAAUCGACCCGGCUCUCGAGCUAUGCUUCAAGGUCAAGGGCCGCCGGAAGAUAAAUGUCCCGAAGAUGGUGCUGAUGUUCGACGGGGCCAAAGUGGAGCUGCCGCAGGAGAGCUACUUCGUGGUGAGCAGAGGUGUCGGGUGCUUGGCCAUGGGUGCCACCGAGGAGGGUGGGCCCACCAUCUUGGGCAAUUUUCAGCAGCAAAAUAUGUUGGUGGCUUAUGACAUAGCCAACGGGACAAUUUCCUUUGUGCCCAAUACAAAAUGUGAUGAUAUCUGA